AUGACGCCUGAGCAGCAGGCAGAUUUUGCAAACGAGAUUAGGGGCUUUCCGCCCAAGGACAUCGACCGGUUACAUCGAGUCCUUUUCCGACUCCAAGAAGACCUCGUUGACUUCACCCCAGCCGCGAUUGAGAGAGAGUACAAUGCGAUUUGCUCUGAAGACCGGCACACUCCGCACCCAGAUGACCCUUGCCUGCGGUGGCUACUUGAUCUCCUCCAAAUCGAUGCCGACAUACCCUUGAACGAGAAAUUCCUCGACGCCUUACAAGAGGCGCAUAUCGUCCUGACGACCGAUGGAACCACCACAGACGGCGGAACAGAUUAUGAUGCGGCAGAGCAACCAUUAUCCAUUGGCGGACCGUCUGUCGUGCCGGAAAGGCUAGACUCUUCCGACCUGCUUGACGAAAACGAUGCCCUCUGGCAACAGGCCGUGGCCCUCGACAAUCGAAAAUUGGCGUCUCAAGCGCUCGAACAGUGGCGACAGAAGCUACAUCUCAAGAGGGAGGCAUAUUUAGAUUAUGAGGAUCCAGUAAUGAAUAACUUCGCCGACCAUUUUUAUGUACGGACCCUGGCAAGAAAGACCCUGACUCACUGGCACAAUACUGUCGCAGAGAUCCAAGAGAUGGAGAAGGCUGGGCAAGAGUUUCGAGCGCGACAAGAUGCAUCAUUUGCACUUAGACAAUGGACGCUAGCUGCUCGCGAACGACUUUUUACCCGAGUCGGAGACGAGAGGUCACUCUAUAAGGUGCUGGGGAUAUGGCGAGAGAAGACCAGACAACUGCGCGAGAUGGAAGCUGCUGCAGAUGGCUUUCGGGAUCGUCAAGUGGUUCGAAACACCCUCGGAAUGAUGGUGGCCAAGAGUGCCCAAAUCCAUCAUGAAGAAACACAGGCUGUCGUCGUCUACCAGGGCAACCUCGUGCGGCGGAUAUUCAACAAGUGGUUGGCACAGCUGCAACAAAUCCAGCUCAACGAAAGACGAGCAGAUGCCGCUGCGGAAUAUUUUGCAAGCAAGCAUGCGCUUCAAAAAUGGCGCGAGAAAACCGGACUUGUACUGGAACAAAAACGAGGGCAACAAGCUCGUCGACAGCUCCUCGCUGUCAAGUAUGUGCGCAAGUGGAAAGUGUUUGCUAGGAAGAGCAAAGAAGAAAAGUAUGCCGAGGCAUACAAGGUCAUGAGGAGGAAAGUCAAGGUGAAUAUCGCACGAGCUGCGCUUAAUUUGUGGCGGGAAAAGACAGCACGCAUCCGAGAAAUGGAUAUGACAGCUGAGGAAUUCCGAGCGCGAAAGGAUGCGGAUAAUGUCAAGCGAAUGGCACACGGUGCAAUUGUCACAAUGUACAACAGACCGACACAACAACAAGAAGCAAAUCGCCAAGCGGACUUGUUUUUCACGAAGAAACUUGUUGAGCGUUUGCAGAUUUUCGGCUCGAAUUGGCUUGUUCCAACCCGGCAAAUCCUCGAGAAUCAGAAAAAGGCGGAUGCAUACCGUGCUACGAGAACGGCAAGUCACGCGUUGGCGACAUUGAGAAACUGGAGGAAUGCCGCUUUCAGGUUUCAGAGGCUAGAGGAGGACGCCGAAGUUGUCUUGCAACGAAAUGCAAAGAAACGUGCUCUUGUAUUCCUACAGAAAUGGAGCAGAGCAGCCGCGCAAGGACAGGGGGAGGAAGAAGGGCGGGAAGAGCGCAUGAUUCCAGCAACACCAGCUGCAAGAAGGAGUCAAUUGCUUGCUUCUACCACCCCAGCAUAUACGCCUGCUGUCGGCCUGUUCCGCGAGGACCGGGUCGUUGAGGAGUUGGAUGAAGAUUAA